UGUCAAGUCACCUGUCACUAGUGUCAAUAAGUCAGCAAGUUGCACUCGUUAUUUUACAGAAUAUAUCGGAUAUAAACUAAUAAAUAGAUAUAUCUCCAAAAUAUCCGCUGUAUUACCGUAAGUUAUGACGAUGACUGAACAGUCCGGUAGCGAAGUUUCCCACUUCGUGGCUCCUGUAAUCCAGGACAACCCCACCGGCUGGGGCCCAUGUGAAGUGCCAGAUCAAUUCAAGGAUAUGCCCUACCAACCGUUCAGCAAAGGCGACCGGUUGGGCAAAAUUAGCGAUUGGACGGGGGCUGCUUUCCAGGAUAAAAAAUACGCCAACAAAUACGCUUCUCAAUUCGGCUCGGGUAGCCAGUACGCUUACUAUCACGAUGAAGAUGAGAGUACUUUCCACUUGGUCGAUACCACUAGGGUUCAGAAGCCACCUUACCAGAGAGGCAGGUUCCGUGCCAAUCAACGUAAUCUACGUGGUAGAGGAGGGCGCUCGAAUGUCCAAUCCGGUAUGCAGUCUCUUGGUAAGGGUCUCAAAGCUAGAGACACCUACAAAAGAAGCCAGGUUAAGAGAUGGGGACAAGGCCGACCCCAAAUCAAAAUCCGAGAUGCUUCUGUUACUGUCAGACCUGAUUGGAGCACUAUCGAAGAAAUGGACUUCCCUAGGUUAGGAAAGUUGUCUCUACCGGGAAUAAAAGAUGGUGAAGAUAUUUUAUGUUGCGGAGAACUGGAAUAUUACGAUAAGUCGUACGAUCGUGUCAAUGUUAAGAACGAAAAGGCUUUACAAAGCGUUAACAGAAUCUUCCAUACUGUAACAACAACUGAUGAUCCCGUUAUUCGUAAACUCACCAAAACCGAAGGUAACGUUUACGCUACCGACGCCAUUUUGGCUACUAUCAUGUGCUGCACGAGAUCCAACUAUUCUUGGGAUAUUGUUAUCGAAAAAAUCGGUGACAAACUGUUCUUCGACAAACGAGACAACACCGAGUUUGAUCUGCUUACUGUAAACGAAACCUCCGUCGAACCACCGCAGGACGAUGGCAACUCGUUGAAUUCUCCUCGAAACUUGGCCUUGGAAGCCACGUUCAUCAACCAUAACUUCAGUCAACAAGUAUUGAGAACAGGAGCUACCGAACCUAAAUAUAAAUUCAACGAGCCCAAUCCUUUCUUAUCCGAAGAAGAGGACGGUGAAAUUGCCAGCGUGGCUUACAGAUACCGAAAGUGGGAUCUUGGUGGUGGUGUUAUUUUGGUAGCGAGAUGCGAACAUGAUGCAGUAGUGCAAUCGCCCAACGGAGAGCUUCAAUUUCUGUCCAUCAAAGCUUUGAACGAAUGGGACUCCAAGGUUGCGAACGGAGUGGAAUGGAGGCAAAAGCUCGACACUCAAAGAGGCGCCGUGCUGGCCAACGAGCUGCGCAACAACGCUUGUAAGCUUGCUAAGUGGACUGUGCAAGCUCUCUUGGCAGGUAGCGAUCAGAUUAAAUUCGGUUACGUGUCCCGAGCGCACGUGAGAGACAACAGCAAGCACGUUAUUUUGGGUACGCAACAGUACAAGCCGCACGAAUUCGCCACCCAAAUCAAUUUGAACAUGGACAAUGCUUGGGGUAUUUUAAGGUGCAUCGUGGAUAUCGUUAUGAAGCAGAAAGACGGAAAGUAUUUGAUAAUGAAGGAUCCCAACAAGCCGAUGAUUCGUUUGUAUGAUAUUCCUGAUAAUACAUUUGAAUCAGACGGGGAAACUGAAUCGGACGACGAGAUUCCUGAAAACGCUACUACGGCUUUCCCGUUGUAUUCUUACAGUUCUAACUCGAAACGUUCAUAACUUUAGAAAUGCUUUUGUUUGGAUAAUGCGUUUUCAUAUUAAAUAAAGUCGUAUUAAAAGUAAAAGUUUACAAUGAAAACAACUGUGUAUAAACAUGAAAAAAU